AUGGCUGAGGAGAAGAAGACUGCCACUAUCAAGCUCUACCGCGACAAUGUGCCCCGUAUUACCAUCACCUACAAAAACAAGAAGGAUCUUUACAAGAACUUCCAGAAGAAGCUGAAGCAGCUUAACCUCGACAUGGGUGAGGUCUAUUGGGCUGACUGGGACAAUGACCGCACGGCAAUCAAGGGUGCUGAAGACCUGUUCGCUGCCGUCGAUAACAACACUAAUGUGAGAAUGUUCUAUCGUCCCAAAGCAAAUAAGGAGGUUUUCACGUGCCCGAGCUGUGAUGACGAGGAUGAGGAAGUAAUCAAGAAAAUAGAUCUCGCUCGCCGUCUCGUUCGCUAUCCCGUGGUCGACAUCGCUCUCACUCUCACGACCAUCCCCGCCACCGUUCACGAUCCUGCGAUUAUCAUAGACGCCACCGAUCUCCAUCUGGUUCACCAUUUCCUCCUCACCACAGAAGACAUCGUUCAAGAUCUUGUUCAUCAUCGCCUGAUCGCAGACGCGGUCGAUCCCGCUCAUGCCCCGGACGACGCGGUCACCACCACCAUCAUGGUCAUGGUCAUCGUCCACAUCCUCCUAUGCCUCCUUGCUUCCCUCCAUGGUAUCCAUGGUUCCCGCCAUGCCCUCCAUUCCAUCCACGCCAUCACUCCAGAGGAGGACAUCAUCACGGAAGAGGAAGGAGCCGCAGCUGUGACCGUUUGUGCCAAGAAUUCAACAACACGC